AUGGGCCAGUUUUACGAGACCAUCCCCGAACAUCUGCUGAAAUGGAUCCUGGAACAAAAAAUGUUCUGGGUCGCCACGGCGCCACUCUCCGGAUCCGGGCAUGUCAACGUCUCGCCUAAGGGCGGCCUAUUCUUCGGGCUGCUGGACGAUAAGACAUUCUGGUACCAUGACCUGACGGGCAGCGGUAACGAGACCAUCUCGCAUCUCUACGAGCCUGGCAACGGCCGUAUCACCAUCAUGUUCAAUGCUUUUGAAGGCUCGCCCCGCAUCGUCCGUCUGUUUGGACACGGUACUGUGCUGGAGCGGGGUACGCCGGCGUUCGAUGAGUUUGUCAAGAAGAAUGAUGUGCAGGUCAUCCCGGCGUCGCGGUCCAUCAUCAUUGUGUCGGUGCAUCAGGUUGCGAGUUCAUGCGGCUACUCGGUGCCAUAUUACGAGUUCAAGGGGUUCCGAAACACAUUGACCGAGUUCUUUGCUCGCAAGGCCGAGAGGUUUGCACAGGGCAAGGAGGAUGAGAGCAUGGAACGGUACUGGGCAUUGAAGAACGCAGAAAGCGUGGACGGCUUGCCCGGAAUGCAAAUCGCGUGCAAGACGGCAAAAGAGCAGCGUAUCACUCCCAUCCCGAAAAUGGUGAGAGCUUCAUCGCUCGUAAAACGCAGGAUGGUUGCAGGCUUUGCUGUUUGGCACCUCGUCUUUGUUGCAAUCCUCAGCGCAAUCUGCACGGUGUUUGCUCAGCCUCUCCUCCGUGCAGUUGCUUAUCGGUUACUGACCCCAGCAUAA